AUGAGCGGCUAUCAUGGCUAUGGUUCAUACAACCAGGAUGACUCGGAUGACCAGCAAGACGCCUAUAGCCACACUAGCUCAGAUGAGCAAGGUGGCUUAGCAAACCCUUAUGGCCAAGACGGCCACGAUGAGGAUUCCAGCAACCACAACGCUGCAUAUCUCCAGAAAGUUGAAGAAUGCCUUGCAUACUACGGUGAUCCCGACACACAAGCAGCAUACCAAAACGUUGCGCACGAAGCUAGGGAUACACUACAGGAUCUUCUUAGAGAGACUGGCACCAAAGGAGUAGUGACUUGCAGAACCAAAGCUUAUGACUCGCUCGAGACUAAGCUCAGGGGCAUGGCGAGUGACGCCGAUUUCACUCACUUCGCGCUAAACAACGACAUCUUUCAACACAGUGAUAUGGGUGACCUUGCUGCUGUUCGGAUCGGCUUAUACCUACCGCAAGAUGUAAUCAACACGGCAAAGGAGUGCCAGCAGCGGUUCCCCGUCGCGCAUCUCUUUGGGACCGUUGGCAGCGGGAGAGAUGCUCCACAGGUAGAUAGAUUUAAUCUCGAGGGUCAUUCAAGAGGGCCAUGGCGGUCGCAGGAUCAAUAUGGGUCUGACGAGUACUGGCAACAUUCAGGAUACAAGUCUUGGCAGAUGGUUGUCGAGUGGGAGGGAGGACUACGAGUCGAGAUACAGAUUGGAACGGUUGUCUCACAAGCCUGGGCUGAAGUUCAGCACAACAUCAUUUACAAGAGGCCAGACGACAUCAUGUCGACUCCAACCAUGAAACGGAUGAUCGAUGCAAUCAAUGGUUUGGCCAUCACCACGGAGAUCAUUCUCAGUGAACUCGAACGAAACGUCGAGACAGCAAAGCAAGAGGAAAGACUGCGACGCGACACAGAGAAACAAUACGACAGCCAACCCAUCACAGAGAUCGACGACUUCUUUUCAUGGUUCGAAGUAGCGUAUUGGUACAAGAUGCCUCAAGCCUUGGCUCUGCGCUGGGAACCUGAUGCCAUCUCUGUUCAGCGGCUUGUUGAGUUUUGCUCGAAUCCCCGAAGACGAUGGGGUCUUGCUCCUGAGAUGGGUUCCUACCGUGGUAUGGAUUUCAAGAGGAUGAUUGAGGAUAAUAACUUGUUGCAGACUAAUCCUUUGAGCAAUGAUAGGUGUGAUAUCGCUUAUCUGCUGUUGUGUCAGAUCAUGGAUGAUCUUGGGAUUCGGGAGGAGUUUGAUGCCAAGGAGGAGGAGAGUCGGUACUGGGAUUCUGUGCCUCAUCAGCCUGGUUGGAGUCGUUGA